UGUACCAGCUCUAAGCUCUCUACAAAUGGGGGCUUCGCUGCCGGAUGCCUCUUCCUCGUCGCCAAGGGCUCCGUUUCUCCCUUCCCAAAACCCGACAAGGAGGAGAGGAACCGUAGAGAGAUCUCGUUGAGGCAAUGGUGCACGCAUUAGGAGCACAGGCAUCUGUUACUGCAUUGGCCAGAAAGGAUACCUCUCUGAGGAAGGCCAGUUUCAAGGAAAACAAAAAUAUUAGCUUCAACAAGUUAUGGAUUCCCCUUUCUUCAGCAAAUUUGAAAAGCGGAUCUUCUGCAGCAAUGCACCAUUUAAAGGUGCUAUCUAUGUCCGUCUCACAAGCUACACAACGAAAAACUCUUGUUCAACCAUUGGAACUUGAGAACGCCAAAGAGCCUCCUCUCAAUCUUUACAAACCCAAGGAACCAUACACAGCCACGAUUGUCUCGGUUGAGAGCCUUGUUGGCCCAAAAGCUCCUGGUGAGACAUGCCACAUUGUUAUAAAUCAUGGAGGCAAUGUACCUUACUGGGAAGGGCAAAGUUAUGGUAUUAUUCCUCCGGGUGAGAACCCAAAGAAACCUGGGUUACCCCACAAUGUCCGUCUCUACUCAAUUGCAUCAACUAGGUAUGGGGACUCAUUUGAUGGCAAAACAGCUAGUUUAUGCGUUCGCCGUGCAGUUUAUUAUGAUCCUGAGACUGGAAAGGAGGAUGCAUCAAAGAAUGGUGUCUGCAGCAAUUUUCUCUGCGACUCAAAGCCAGGAGACAAGAUUCAGAUUACAGGACCUUCAGGAAAGAUUAUGUUGCUACCAGAGGAUGAUCCAAAUGCCACUCACAUCAUGAUUGCAACUGGAACUGGAGUGGCUCCUUUCCGAGGAUAUCUCCGUCGCAUAUUCAUGGAAGAUGUACCCACCUACAAGUUCGGUGGUCUUGCAUGGCUCUUCUUAGGGGUUGCAAACUCCGACAGCCUUCUCUAUGACGACGAAUUCAGUAGCUACCUCAAGACUUUUCCUGACAACUUUAGGUACGAUAAAGCGCUUAGCAGGGAGCAGCAGAACAAGAACGGCGGGAAGAUGUAUGUCCAGGAUAAGAUCGAGGAGUACAGCGAUGAGAUUUUCAAGUUGCUGGAUGGAGGCGCACAUAUCUACUUCUGCGGUUUGAAAGGGAUGAUGCCUGGAAUUCAAGAUACACUGAAGAGAGUCGCUGAGCAAAGAGGAGAGAAUUGGGAUGCCAAACUCACUCAGCUCAAGAAAAACAAGCAAUGGCAUGUUGAGGUUUACUAGGAUUAAGGUAGUAGUAGCAAAAGACGUCAAGCAAUGUUGGAAAAGAACACGUUUCCAAUAUUUGGAAAAGUAUCAUCUGAAUUUUUCUUCGUUUGAAUAAUGUUUCCCAAAUUUAUCUUGGUUCACGAAA